AUGACUUCUGCUAAGUUUUGUCAAAAUUUCUUGUUAACGUGCGGUAUUUGCCUGGUGUGGAGCUCAGAUGCUGCACAGCGCAACAAAAAUGCAACAAUUCGUGGAGGCGAUACUUUGCAAAUCGCAUUCCUUGCUGAAUACUCACAAAUGCGAGUCACCCUAGGAGGUUUGCCACUUGCCGUAGAAAACAUCAACAAAAAUCCUGAGCUGUUGCCUGGCAAAAAAUUAACUUUCAAAGCUUUUGACAUUGGACAAACAAUUUCAGCUUAUCGUGUCCAAACUAUAAGAUUUAUGACACAAAUGCGUGAGGAAAACGUUGUCGCUUUCAUUGGUCCAGACGAGAGCUGUACAUAUGAAGCUUUAUUGGCUUCGGCAUGGAAUAUUCCUAUGAUAUCAUUCAAAUGUUCUGAUUCAAUUGUUUCCAAUAAGGAUAUAUUCCACACAUUCGCACGUACUCUCGCACCUGCUUCAAAGGUGUCAAAAAGUGUGAUAAGUCUGCUCAAUGCGUUCCACUGGAAAAUAUUCUCUAUUAUUGUAAGUUCAAGACCAAUAUGGAGUACGGAAGUGGCACGUGCCAUACAGGAGUUAGCUGUAUCUAAUAACUUUACUAUAACGCAUUUUAAAGAAAUAACUGAUUACAUACCAAUUGAUAAAACUGUAUCUAAAAUGCAAAAAAUCAUAGAAGAAACCUUUCGAACAACAAGAGUUUACAUAUUCGUUGGAGAGCAUUUUGCGAUGGUGGAUUUUGUGCGCUGCAUGCAAAACCGUAAACUCCUUCAGGAUGGCGACUAUAUAAUAAUAUCGGUUGAUGAUGAAAUCUAUGAUUCCAAAUUGCGUUUUAAUAUUAUGGAACGACAUUAUUUAGAUCCUUACAUUAGAAAAGAUAAGAGUAAAUCACUGGAUAAGCACUCAUUUCGUUCAGUAAUUAAAAUAAGCAUGUCAUAUCCUCAGUACCCCAAUAUUCGCAGUUUCUGUACAAAAAUUAAGGAAUACGCCAGGAGGAGCCCAUUUUUGGUGCCCUACCACGAGCGUGUGUUUGAAAACAUAACAGUGCCAAUUUAUGGACUACAUUUAUACGACAGUGUCAUGGUCUACGCCAGAGCCUUGACGGAUGUGCUUAAUAUGGGUGGUGAUAUUUACGAUGGUCGCUUGGUUAUGAAUCAAAUAUUUAAUCGUUCCUAUCACUCAAUACAGGGUUUUGAUAUUCAUAUAGAUGCUAAUGGGGAUGCGGAAGGUAAUUACACAGUAAUAACAUUGCAAAGUGACGCCAAUACAGGAUCUUCUUUGGCUAAAAUGUCUAUGCAACCAGUUGGAUAUUUUGUUUACAAUAAAAAAUCUCCCAUUCCUGAAUUCCGUUAUUAUAAAAAUGAUCGCCCCAUACAAUGGCUCAAAGGGCGGCCUCCAUUAGCAAAGCCCAUUUGUGGCUUCCAUGGUGAAUUGUGCCCGACACGUAAAUUGGACUGGCGUUACACAGUGGCUGCUUGCUUUUUUGGCUUUGUUGUCAUCGUGGCUGGCAUUUUUCUCAUUAAGCAUUAUCGUUAUGAGCAAACAUUGGCGGGACUACUGUGGAAGGUUGAUAUGAAGGAUGUCACAAUUAUAAAUAUUGAUAAUAAUACGGAAUGUAACAAUUUCAUGAAGAAUAAAAGCAUUUUUCAAAUAUGUAGACAAAGUAUCCUGAUGGGCGGAGAUACCAACAAGAAAGCCUACACCAAUAUUGGUUUAUAUCGUGGAAAUAUUGUAGCCAUGAAGAAGGUUCAUAAAAAAAGUGUAGAUAUAACACGAGCCAUAAGAAAGGAACUUAAACAAAUGCGUGAGAUCCGUCAUGAGAAUAUAAUUAAUUUCAUUGGUGUAUCUAUAGAUCAUGGUUCAGUUAUUAUAUUUACUACUUAUUGUGCUCGAGGCAGCUUAGAAGAUGUAUUGGCUAAUGACGACUUACAUUUGGAUCACAUGUUUGUGUCUUCGUUAGUAAGUGACAUACUCAAAGGCAUGAUAUAUUUACAUGAUUCCGAUAUAAUAUCGCAUGGAAAUUUGCGUUCCAGUAAUUGUUUAAUUGAUUCGCGCUGGGUAUGCCAAAUAAGUGACUUCGGUUUGCAUGAAUUUAAAAACGGGCAAGAUGAACCACGCAAAAGAGAAUUGAAUUUGAAACGUGCUUUAUGGAGAGCACCAGAGCUUUUACGAGAUCCAACGCAUUUACCACGCGGAACACAAAAGGGCGAUGUCUAUUCAUUUGGUAUUGUUUUAUAUGAAAUAAUUGGCAGAAAAGGACCGUGGGGAGAAACCAACUACACUCACGAGGAAAUUGUGAAGUUUGUUAAACAACCAGAGCUACUGCAUCAUGGCUACUUACGUCCCUCAAUCACACAAUUGGAUAUACCAGAUUACGUGCGACAAACAUUGCGCUUAUGUUGGGAAGAGGAUCCCGAAACUCGUCCCGACAUACGCCUGAUACGCAUCAAGUUAAAGGAGUUGCAAAGUGGACUAAAAUCGAAUAUAUUUGAUAAUAUGUUAUCUAUUAUGGAAAAAUAUGCAUAUAAUCUGGAGGGUCUUGUCCAAGAACGAACCAAUUUAUUAUACGAAGAAAAGAAGAAGACCGAUAUGCUGUUAUAUCAAAUGCUACCACGUACUGUCGCAGAAUCGCUGAAACGUGGAGAGCCUGUGAAAGCGGAAUGUUUUGAUUGUGUUACUAUAUUAUUCAGCGAUAUUGUGGGUUUCACCGAACUUUGCGCCACGAGCACACCCUUUGAAGUGGUAGCCAUGUUAAAUGAUUUAUACACUUGUUGCGACUCAAUAAUAUCAAAUUACGAUGUCUAUAAGGUGGAAACCAUUGGCGACGCAUACAUGGUCGUAUCAGGACUUCCACUGCGAAAUGGCAACCGACACGUAGGCGAAAUUGCGUCCUUAGCACUGCUUUUGCUGGAAAAAGUGGCGAAUUUAAAAAUACGUCACAAACCAACCGAAACGAUGCAAUUGCGUAUUGGCGUACAUUCCGGUCCAUGUGCGGCCGGUGUGGUCGGUUUGAAGAUGCCGCGGUAUUGUUUAUUUGGCGAUACGGUGAAUACCGCAUCACGUAUGGAGAGCACCGGAGAAGCAAUGAAAGUACACAUUUCGGAGGAAACAUACAUAUUAUUGGAAUCAAAAUAUAAAUGCGUUGAAAGGGGUGUGAUCAAUAUAAAGGGUAAAGGCGAUAUGCGAACAUAUUGGUUAACCGGUUUAACUAACGCUGAUCAGCGAAUCAUGCCAUUUAAAGACAGUUCUACGCCAGAUCUUAUUAGUAAUAUGGAUAUAGAAAGCGUACUAACUAGACCCAUGGCAACGCCCAUAUCUUGCACAUCUGCUACAAUAUUCGAAGAUGUUUCUUUAACUUCUUUCAACAGCAGUCAGAGUCAAAGGUCCUGUAAUUUGUUGAAUGUCUCGUAUGCGCAACGCAUGAAGUACGUUAGGAUCAGUUGCUGUAAUUGUCAGACAAAAUGUUUAUAUAAUCGUCGAUCCGAUGAUAAUGUUACCAUCGAGAUGCAACGAAUACGUGAAAAAAUAGUAACCCGUCAUAAUCAUGGAAUACGCUCCGAUGAAACCAGUCAACUAUGUAUUUGCAGACUAAAUGCCAGCAGUAGCCGAACUACGAGCAGAGGUCCGCGCUCAGCGCCAAUUAUUGAUUUUAGACUUUAAAUGAAUGAAUACUCGGACACCAAAUAAUUCGAGUUGGAAUAUAGAUUAUAAGUCAAAAUUUACAAAAAAAUAAGCUCUUUUAAAGUUUUUCGUGUUUUUAGUGCUGCGUUCUUUAACACGCUCUCUAAGUAAAAUACGCACUUCAUCAGUAACUCUCUUAUUGUCUUAAUUGUUAAUGUGUA